AUCUGCUGAAAAGGCAUAGAUGCAAUGACACCUAAAUCGCAAUAAGCUUGCUAAGCUCCCAGAUAUUGUUUUUUAAGCACCAUUUUCUACUAUAAGGUGUCAGGACACUUUGCAGAAACGGUUCCUUUCAGUGCUGGGUGAGAGAAAGCCCAAAAUAAAAUUAGAACAUCUUGUUGUACCAGAAAGUAAAGAACUGCUUUUAUAUAUAUAUGUCCUAUCAAAACAGCUAGGUUGAAAGGAGCUCUCACUAAACAAAUCUCAGACAAUUUGAACACCAAAAUAAGUAAAGACUGUAAUGGAUUAUAAUCCUUUGAGGAAAUGGAUUAUAACUGAUUCAAUAAUCUGGGAAUCCCUAAAUCCAUACUGAAGACACAGAUGUUCCUUGACUUGUGAGAGGGCUACAUCCCAAUAAAUUCAUCAUAAGUCAAAAAUAUCCUAAGUCAAAAAAUGCAUUUAAUAGCCUUACAAAUACAUUGUAAAGACAAAAUAUCAUAAAUUGUACCAUCAUAAUAAUAAGUUGGGGACCAUCUGUAUACAUUGAACAGGGCAAAAUGUAGGGCUCUUCUGGUUGUUUUUUGUUUGUUUGUUUGUUUGUUUUUGAGACAGGGUAUCGCUCUGUCGCCCAGGCUGUGGUGCAGUGGCGUGAACCUGGCACACUGUAGCCUUUGCCACCCAGGCUCAAGUGAUCUUUCCACCUCAGCUUUCUGAGUAGCUGGGACCACAGGUGCAAGCCACCUCCCCUGGCUAAUUUUUGUAUUUUUUGUAGAGGCUGUUUCCACUAUUUUGCCCAGGCUGGUCUGGAACUCCUGGGCUCAAGCGAUCUGCUUGCCUCAACUUCCCAAAGUGCUGGGAUCACAGACUUGAGCCACCACACCAGGCGGGGCUCUUCUUUUUGGCAAAAUUGUUUCUAAUACAUAUGGAGAGAGAACAAUUAUCAUUUUGUAACUAUCAUAGUAAAGACUAGUUUAGGAAAAAUCAAUAAUACUGCUAAAUUGUGAGAGAGGGGUUUGCUGAGGAGCAGAAUAUUUGCAGGAAAUUCAAGUGUCUCCCCCAUAGAUUGCUUAUUAGUUGCAAGUAGAAAACCAGCAAUUUAUGCAGUGGAGAAACUGGGAUCAAAUUAACAUCACUAAUGAGAGACAAACAAUAUCACGUGCCUCCAAAUGUGGUCUCUUGGAAAGAAUAUAACCUCGUGUAUGUAAUAUUACAAUCAGGAAUACAUAACCUGAAUCUAAUCAUGAGGAAACAUGAGACAAACCCAAAGUAGGGAAGAUUCUGUAAAAUAACUGGCCCGUAACACACACACACACACACACACACACACACCCCUAAGAGUGGUGACAAUGUGUUAAUUUGAUUGUUGUAAUCAUUUCACAAUGUAUAUCAAAUCAUCAUGCUGUACAACUUGAAUAAAUACAAUUUUUGUCAACUAUACCUCAGUAAUACUGGAAUGAACAAAUGAACGAAUGAUAAAUAAUUGGCCUGCACUCUUCAAAAAUCUGUGUCACAAAAAUACAAAUGCUGAGGAACUCUUCCAUAUUAAAGGAGAUUAAAAAGAUAUGGUAACUAAAUAUGGUAUGUGAUCCUGUACUAGAUCUACACUGGAAGGAAAAAAUGUUAAAUAAAGACAUUACUGGAACAAUUGACAAAUCGGAAUAUGAACUGUAGAUCAGAUUAAAUAUAAAUAUUGUAUCAAUGCUAAAUAUCCUUAAUUUGAUAAACAUACAAGAGGAUACCCUGGUUUUUAAGAAAUUCACACUUUAGAAAUAAGGGGUAUAAGAGCACAGUGUAUGUAACCUAUUUUAGAAUGAUUCAUAAAAUACAAAUAAUAGGCUUAUUUAUAUAUUUAUACAUGUAUAUUACACAUGAAGAAUAGUAAAACAAGUGUGGCAAAAUGUUUAGAAUUGGUGAAUCUGAGUAAAGGACAAUAGGAGUUCUCUAUUAUUCUUACAACUUUUCUGUAAGCUUAAAAUUAUUUGAAAAUAAAAAGUUUAAAAAAAAAUGGACCGGGCAUGGAGGCUCACGCCUGUAUUCCUAGCACUUUGGGAAGCCGACGCAGGCGGAUCACCUGAGGUCAGGAGUUCGAGACCAGCCUGGCCAACAUGGUGAAACCCCGUCUCUACUAAAAAUACAAAAAUUAGCCAGUCGUGGUGGCGCGUACCUGUAAAUCCCAGCUACCCAGGAGACUGAGGAAGGAGAAUCGCUGGAACCUAGGAGAUGGAGGCUGCAGUGAGCCGAGAUCGAGUCACUGCACUCCAGCCUGGGCGACAGAGCGAGACUCCAUCUCAAAAGAAAAAAAGAAAAAGAAAAAGAAAUAUACACUAACGUCAAGGAAAAGAGCUUUCACCUAAUAACAGAAGAUCUAAGUUUGUGCGCUACUUCUGUUUGUUAAAUAUCCUUCCUUAAGCAUCACACUUUUCUCACCUGCAAAACACCAUCCCAAACUUACAGGUCUCUUUUGAUCCAUACAAAUUAUGUGUAUGAGAGAUCUCCUAACUGUAAGUUGUUAUACAAAUGACAUUAUAACAUUAAAUACUUAGGAGUUUGCCAAAAUAAAGAAUGGAGUUCGUUUUCUUAAGGUACCGUACACAUUAACUACAGUUAUAACAAACUACGGAAUAAGCGGUAGUGGUGUAAACGGUGUUCCUUAAAGGAAGGUAAUGUUUUUUGCCCUGUUCCGUCAAGUCUUAAACGCUUGACAUUUUAAAAUAGUUUUAAACCCUUUCCGGAAUUAGAAGUGGUAUUUCGGACCGUGAAGUAACCGAUCAGCCAUAAGUAUCCCAUCUUUAACGCCUGCUCUUUUACCCGUCUUGCAGAAGUUCUUCCGAGAGUUGGCCCGAGACAGCCUCCAGCCCGAACUAAACUCUGCGUAGCGCUUCCGGCCCUUGGCCCAGAAGUCUAGAACCCUGGGCCGGCCGCAAAGGAAGGUCUGUCGCGCAUGCGCGCCCCAGCGCAGCCUUUCCGGAGCGAGCCAUCUCGUUACGUCACCACCAGCCUAGCUCGGACGGCAACCGGCGGGAGAUUUUCAAAAUGGGAGCCCAGAGGCACCGCCCAGGCCUCGGAAGGUGUGAGGGAGAACUUUCCGUGGUUUCAGCGUCGUCGCCUGGAGCGGCGGUCUAGAGAGCUGAGCCUGAUGGGCGCCAAGGCCGGCUGGCUGCUUGGAGCGCUGCCUCGAAGGGACUGCGUGAAGGAAGCUAAUCCGGAGAACCCAGGCCAGGGCCUGGAAAUAUGGCGACCUGCAUCGGGGAGAAGAUCGAGGAUUUUAAAGUUGGAAAUCUGCUUGGUAAAGGAUCAUUUGCUGGUGUCUACAGAGCUGAGUCCAUUCACACUGGUUUGGAAGUUGCAAUCAAAAUGAUAGAUAAGAAAGCCAUGUACAAAGCAGGAAUGGUACAGAGAGUCCAAAAUGAGGUGAAAAUACAUUGCCAAUUGAAACAUCCUUCUAUCUUGGAGCUUUAUAACUAUUUUGAAGAUAGUAAUUAUGUGUAUCUGGUAUUAGAAAUGUGCCAUAAUGGAGAAAUGAACAGGUAUCUGAAGAAUAGAGUGAAACCCUUCUCAGAAAAUGAAGCUCGACACUUCAUGCACCAGAUCAUCACAGGGAUGUUGUAUCUUCAUUCUCAUGGUAUACUACACCGGGACCUCACACUUUCUAACCUCCUACUGACUCGUAAUAUGAACAUCAAGAUUGCUGAUUUUGGGCUGGCAACUCAACUGAAAAUGCCACAUGAAAAGCACUAUACAUUAUGUGGAACUCCUAACUACAUUUCACCAGAAAUUGCCACUCGAAGUGCACAUGGCCUUGAAUCUGAUGUUUGGUCCCUGGGCUGUAUGUUUUAUACAUUACUUAUCGGGAGACCACCCUUUGACACUGACACAGUCAAGAACACAUUAAAUAAAGUAGUAUUGGCAGAUUAUGAAAUGCCAACUUUUUUGUCAAUGGAGGCCAAGGACCUUAUUCACCAGUUACUUCGUAGAAAUCCAGCAGAUCGUUUAAGUCUGUCUUCAGUAUUGGACCAUCCUUUUAUGUCCCAAAAUUCUUCAACAAAAAGUAAAGAUUUAGGAACUGUGGAAGACUCAAUUGAUAGUGGGCAUGCCACACUUUCUACUGCGAUUACAGCUUCUUCCAGUACCAGUAUAAGUGGUAGUUUAUUUGACAAAAGAAGACUUUUGAUUGGUCAGCCACUCCCAAAUAAAAUGACUGUAUUUCCAAAGAAUAAAAGUUCAAGUGAUUUUUCUUCUUCAGGAGAUGGAAACAGUUUUUAUACUCAGUGGGGAAAUCAAGAAACCAGUAAUAGUGGAAGGGGAAGAGUAAUUCAAGAUGCAGAAGAAAGGCCACAUUCUCGAUACCUUCGUAGAGCUUAUUCCUCUGAUAGAUCUGGCACUUUUAAUAGUCCAUCUCAAGCAAAAACAUAUACAAUGGAACGAUGUCACUCAGCAGAAAUGCUUUCAAUGUCCAAAAGAUCAGGAGGAGGUGAAAAUGAAGAGAGGUACUCACCCACAGACAACAAUGCCAACAUUUUUAACUUCUUUAAAGAAAAGACAUCCAGUAGUUCUGGAUCUUUUGAAAGACCUGAUAACAAUCAAACACUCUCCAAUCAUCUUUGUCCAGGAAAAACUCCUUUUCCAUUUGCAGACCCGACACCUCAGACUGAAACGGUACAGCAGUGGUUUGGGAAUCUGCAAAUAAAUGCUCAUUUAAGAAAAACUACUGAAUAUGACAGCAUCAGCCCAACUCGGGAUUUCCAGGGCCAUCCAGAUUUGCAGAAGGACACAUCAAAAAAUGCCUGGACUGAUACAAAAGUCAAAAAGAACUCUGAUGCUUCUGAUAAUGCACAUUCUGUAAAACAGCCAAAUACCAUGAAAUAUAUGACUGCACUUCACAGUAAACCUGAGAUAAUCCAACAAGAAUGUGUUUUUGGCUCAGAUCCUCUUUCUGAACAGAGCAAGACUAGGGGUAUGGAGCCACCAUUGGGUUAUCAGAAUCGUACAUUAAGAAGCAUUACGUCUCCAUUGGUUGCUCACAGGUUGAAACCAAUCAGACAGAAAACCAAAAAGGCUGUGGUGAGCAUACUUGAUUCAGAGGAGGUGUGUGUGGAGCUUCUAAAGGAGUAUGCAUCUCAAGAAUAUGUGAAAGAAGUUCUUCAGAUAUCUAGUGAUGGAAAUAUGAUCACUAUUUAUUAUCCAAAUGGUGGAAGAGGUUUUCCUCUUGCUGAUAGACCACCCUCACGUACUGACAACAUCAGUAGGUACAGCUUUGACAAUUUACCAGAAAAAUACUGGCGAAAAUAUCAAUAUGCUUCCAGGUUUGUACAGCUUGUAAGAUCUAAAUCUCCCAAAAUCACUUAUUUUACAAGAUAUGCUAAAUGCAUUUUGAUGGAGAAUUCUCCUGGUGCUGAUUUUGAGGUUUGGUUUUAUGAUGGGGUAAAAAUACACAAAACAGAAGAUUUCAUUCAGGUGAUUGAAAAGACAGGGAAGUCUUACACUUUAAAAAGUGAAAGUGAAGUUAAUAGCUUGAAAGAGGAGAUAAAAAUGUAUAUGGACCAUGCUAAUGAGGGUCAUCGUAUUUGUUUAGCACUGGAAUCCAUAAUUUCAGAAGAGGAAAGGAAAACUAGGAGUGCUCCCUUUUUCCCAAUAAUCAUAGGAAGAAAACCUGGUAGUACUAGUUCACCUAAGGCCUUAUCACCUCCUCCUUCUGUGGAUUCAAAUUACCCAACAAGAGACAGAGCAUCUUUCAAUAGAAUGGUCAUGCAUAGUGCUGCUUCUCCAACACAGGCACCAAUCCUUAAUCCCUCUAUGGUUACAAAUGAAGGACUUGGUCUUACAACUACAGCUUCUGGAACAGACAUCUCUUCUAAUAGUCUAAAAGAUUGUCUUCCUAAAUCAGCACAACUUUUGAAAUCUGUUUUUGUGAAAAAUGUUGGUUGGGCUACACAGUUAACUAGUGGAGCUGUGUGGGUUCAGUUUAAUGAUGGGUCCCAGUUGGUUGUGCAGGCAGGAGUGUCUUCUAUCAGUUAUACCUCACCAAAUGGUCAAACAACUAGGUAUGGAGAAAAUGAAAAAUUACCAGAAUACAUCAAACAGAAAUUACAGUGUCUGUCUUCCAUCCUUUUGAUGUUUUCUAAUCCGACUCCUAAUUUUCACUGAUUAAAACUCCUUUCAGACAUAUAAGUUUAAUAAAUAACUUUUUUGUUGGCUUUCAAGUAAAGUGAUUUUUUUAAUUUAAUAUAAAGUCUUCAGAAAGCCUUUCUAUGAAAGAAUGUUAACCUAUAAUGUAAAAGAUGUAUUCUGAGAGAACAAAGCAGAAUGAAACUUGAAUCACUUACUAAAUAUAGUGGAUAUAAAAUAGAACACCUGACUUUGCUCUUAGACCAUAACCCCCGAACUUACUAUGUUUAUAUAUUUGUAUUGAACAAUCUUUUAAAAGCAAAAAUGUAAAUGAUGUGUGGUUUAUUUGUGCUUUUAUUGUUUUCCCUGCGUCUCAGACAUGUUGAGAAUCAUGGACAAAACCUGCUGGAAUUUUGGAAUUUUUGAAGAUGUAAAUAAUGUGUAUUUAUGUUAUAAGUAACAUAUGUAAACAUGUAUAUUUGUUUUAUAUUUAUUUUUGUAGCACCAGUGUCUGAUGAAACAUUUUUGCAAAUGCAUUUUAUAAAAAAAUAAAUAUAGUGAUAAGUUACAUUAUCUUUUGAUUCAUUUAAUUAAAUACUUAUUUUAAAA